CUGGUCAUGAGGAACUGAGCGUCUCUGGCGAGGCGGGCUGACGGGCAGCACUAUGCAGGCGGCGGCGGCUGCGUCCGUGCUCUUCUUGCUGCUCUGCGCUUUGGGGACCUGUCCCCCGGUGCUCUGCGGCCGGGCAGGAGACGCCUCGUUGACGGAGCUGGAGAGGAGGAACGACAACCGUUUCCUGGAGCGCCAGAGCAUCGUGCCGCUCCGGCUUAUCUCCCGAUCCAGCGACGAGGACGAAACUCGGCACGACUUGCUCGACACGCGGGUGCGGGUCGACCCGGGCGGUCGGCAGUUGACUCACAUCGACCAAGCAGCCUUCCAGGUUGAUGCCUUUGGAACAUCAUUCAUUCUCGAUGUCAUAUUAAAUCAUGAUUUGCUGUCCUCUGACUAUACAGAGAGACACAUUGAACAUGGAGGCAAGACUGUGGAAGUUAAAGGAGGGGAACACUGCUACUACCAGGGCCAUAUUCGAGGAAACCUUGCCUCAUUUGUUGCACUGUCGACAUGCCAUGGACUUCAUGGGAUGUUCUAUGACGGGAACCACACAUAUCUCAUUGAGCCAGAAGAAAAUGACACGUCCCAAGAAGAUUUCCGAUUUCAUUCAGUUUACAAAUCCAGACUGUUUGAAUUUCCUUUGGAUGACCUUCCAUCUGAAUUCCAACAAGUAAACAUCACUUCACCAAAAUUUAUUUUGAAGCCAAGACCAAAAAGGAGUAAAAGGCAGCUUCGCCGACAUCCUCGUAACGUAGAGGAGGAAACCAAAUAUAUUGAACUGAUGAUUGUGAAUGAUCAUCUCAUGUUUAAAAAACAUCGGCUUUCAGUUGUACAUACCAAUACCUAUGCGAAAUCUGUGGUGAACAUGGCAGAUUUAAUAUAUAAAGACCAACUUAAGACAAGGAUAGUAUUGGUUGCCAUGGAAACCUGGGCAGCUGACAACAAGUUCGCCAUAUCUGAAAAUCCACUGAUCACCCUACGUGAGUUUAUGAAAUACAGGAGGGAUUUUAUCAAAGAGAAAAGUGAUGCAGUUCACCUUUUUUCGGGAAGUCAAUUUGAGAGUAGCCGGAGCGGGGCAGCUUAUAUUGGUGGGAUUUGCUCGUUGCUGAAAGGAGGAGGCGUGAAUGAAUUUGGGAAAACUGAUUUAAUGGCAGUCACACUUGCCCAGUCCUUAGCCCAUAAUAUUGGUAUUAUCUCGGACAAAAGAAAGUUAGCAAGUGGUGAGUGUAAAUGUGAGGACACUUGGUCUGGAUGCAUUAUGGGAGAUACCGGCUAUUAUCUUCCUAAAAAGUUCACCGAGUGUAAUAUUGAAGAAUAUCAUGACUUCUUGAAUAGUGGAGGUGGUGCCUGCCUUUUCAACAAACCUUCUAAGCUCCUCGACCCUCCUGAGUGUGGCAAUGGCUUCAUUGAAACUGGAGAGGAGUGUGACUGUGGGACUCCUGCGGAAUGUGUCCUUGAAGGAGCAGAAUGUUGUAAGAAAUGCACCUUGACUCAAGACUCUCAGUGCAGUGAUGGCCUUUGUUGUAAAAAGUGCAAGUUUCAGCCUAUGGGGACUGUGUGCCGAGAAGCAGUAAAUGAUUGUGAUAUUCGUGAAACGUGCUCAGGAAAUUCAAGCCAGUGUGCCCCUAACAUCCAUAAAAUGGAUGGAUACCCAUGUGAUGGUGUUCAGGGAAUUUGUUUUGGAGGAAGAUGUAAAACCAGGGAUAGACAAUGCAAAUACAUCUGGGGGCAAAAAGUGACAGCAUCAGACAAAUACUGCUAUGAGAAACUGAAUAUUGAAGGGACCGAGAAGGGUAACUGUGGCAAAGACAAAGACACCUGGAUACAGUGCAACAAACGGGAUGUGCUUUGUGGUUACCUUUUAUGUACCAAUAUUGGUAAUAUCCCAAGGCUUGGAGAACUCGAUGGUGAUAUCACAUCUACUUUAGUUGUGCAGCAGGGAAGAACAUUAAACUGCAGUGGUGGCCAUGUUAAGCUUGAAGAAGAUGUAGAUCUUGGCUAUGUGGAAGAUGGUACACCUUGUGGUCCCAAAAUGAUGUGCUUAGAACACAGGUGUCUUCCUGUGGCUUCCUUUAACUUUAGUACUUGCUUAAGCAGUAAAGAAGGCACUGUUUGUUCAGGAAAUGGAGUUUGCAGUAAUGAGCUGAAAUGUGUGUGCAACAGACACUGGAUUGGUGCAGACUGCAACACUUACUUCCCGCACAAUGUUGAUGCAAAGACUGGUAUAACUCUGUCUGGCAACGGUGUUGCUGGUACCAAUAUCAUAAUAGGCAUAAUUGCUGGCACCAUUUUAGUGCUGGCCCUCAUAUUAGGAAUAACUGCGUGGGGCUAUAAAAACUAUCGAGAACAGAGACAGUUACCCCAGGGAGAUUAUGUAAAAAAGCCUGGAGAUGGUGACUCUUUUUAUAGCGACAUUCCUCCUGGAGUCAGCACAAACUCAGCAUCUAGUUCUAAGAAGAGGUCUGCUUUUCUGUCGCAUUUUCAGAUUUCUACCUGUUCCAUCACACAUUAUUCCAUUAGUCAGAACAUUUCAUUAUUUUGCAGCAGGUCAAAUGGACUUUCUCAUUCCUGGAGUGAAAGAAUUCCCGACACAAAGCAUAUUUCAGACAUCUGUGAAAAUGGGCGACCUCGAAGUAACUCUUGGCAAGGUAACCUGGGAGGCAACAGAAAGAAAAUCAGAGGCAAAAGAUUUAGACCUCGGUCUAAUUCAACUGAGUAUUUAAACCCAUGGUUCAAAAGAGACUAUAAUGUAGCUAAGUGGGUAGAAGAUGUGAAUAAAAACACUGAAGGACCAUACUUUAGGACUUUAUCUCCUGCGAAGUCUCCUUCUUCAUCAACUGGAUCUAUUGCCUCCAGCAGAAAAUACCCUUACCCAAUGCCUCCACUUCCCGAUGAAGAGAAGAAAGUGAACCGACAAAGUGCCAGGCUAUGGGAGACAUCCAUUUAAGAUCAACUGUUUACAUGUGACACAUCGAAACUGUUCACUUCAACUUUUAUAGAAACCCAACCUCAAGGAAUCACUGCAAAUCUAUCUGCUCUUCAGACAACCCGAAGACCCUUAGAUGCCACGGAGGAGAGGAAGCUGAUUACCACAUCUGGAUAUCAUUUUCUUUUUGUCAUUGGCUUAGGAUUUAACUGAACCAUGAAAAGAACCACUGAAAUGUUACACUAUCACAUGGAACAGUAAAGGGACUGGUAUGUUAAUGGAUAAUCCGCAUGACAGAUAUAUGUAGAACUAUCACUAUCUUACAUGACCCAAAUGUAGCAAGUUUCCUAAGGGACUAUAGUGAAUUCAUAACUUGACAUUCUGAAGCACAUUCUCAUUGUAGACAGUAAUGCUAUGUGCAUGAAGCUUCUGUUUAUUGUUUUCUACAUUUAAGGAAACAACAUCCCAUAAUAGCAACUAGCAUGCAGGGCUAAGGCAUAUAGGAUUUUUCUGCAGGACUUUUAAGCUUUGAAAGGCCAGUAUCCCAUAUCUAACUUUAAACAUGUAUUUUUAUUUUUGUUUUUUACUUUUCAUAUUUAUAUCAGCACACAAGGACAAUUGUACAUACGUAAACAUUUUUAAAAUUAAACAAAACAAACAGUUGUUACACACAAGUGUAUUUUGCCAAAUGCCUAAAAAUAAUCAGUUACAAAUCACAUCGUCAUCAUCCAUCAAAUGAUCCUUAAAGAUUGUAAGCAGAUGAUGUAAACAUAGUGGUCAAUGCGGUAAAUUUGUCUCUCCAUAAUUAGUAUUGGUCCAAAACGUGAUAUCCCUUUAAAUUGUGGACUGUCUGGAGGUAGUUUUAUUGAGUGGUUCAUUGAGCAAAUGAACAAAAUGCCCAACAAAUCUUGUGGCCUCCACAGCUUGCUGGAGCCAAGAGUUCAGUAGUGCAGCUGCUGUCCUGCCUUGAGACACUCUGCUGCUGGUCCCUGGGGAUGACUCAUCCAGCCUGUCCACUCGUCAUCUGGUGGCAUACAAUGCCUGCCUCAGCAGCUGUUAUCUUUCAGUACCAGAGUACACCUGCUGGUCUCACCCUGGAGGCUUGUGAGCCUCACAGUAGAAUGUCCUGCUGAGAUGAAACAAGUGCACCGAAGACACGUGUGAGGCUACAGCUGCUGGCAAAUCUGUAGCUUCCAACUUGUUGAUACUCUAAUCCUUUAUGGCCUGAAGUUUUAUUCCUUAAAAAAAAAAACAACUUUUUAGCCACCCUUAUGUGUGAAAUGAAUGACUUGUUUAAAAAAAAGCAAAAACUUUUACACUGUUUAUUAAAGAUAUUUGUCAUCGGUGUGACUUAAGGAGACCCAACAGGUCAUUCAGCACUGACUCUGAAGCAAGAUGAUGAAGGUUCUACAGUCUGGGUUGGAAAGCGUCAACAGGCCAGAAGGUGCUAAAUGAAGCCUCAGGCCACAGGUGUGCAGCAACUGUGAAGUUUCACAAACAGCUGGCAGGGGAAAGAAUCUGAUGUUUUGGACCCUGUAUUUUUUUAAUCUAUAGAAAAGUGAGAAAUCUGUAUUAAAAGCCCCUCCUUUAAAACCAAAGUUUGGUAGCUAUUAUAAUACAGCCAUCUGGCUAAAAGAAAGCUACCCUAGCAAGGCUACUCUUGUGAACUCGGAAAUUGAUAGGAUCAGUCAGAUGUUCUGUAUGUGAAUUUUUUCAGAAUUUCCUCAUUUUCUGUCCUUUUUCUUGAGAUGAAUGGAAUCUGCAGGUAAGAUUUCGGAAAUGCCCUCUAAAUUUGCUUUUCCCCAGUAAUGUCUAUGGACAGACUCCAUUUCCUCCCCAUAACCAGUCAUCUUAGGUGGCUGAAUUGAAGCCUAAAGUUAGAAAGCAAUGUUUCAUACUCUGCGUGUUUAUUUCUUCGGUAAUAGACCUCUCUUCUGAAAGUCUUUGAAAACAUUUAAAAAGUAAUCUAAGCAUCCAAAAAUAUAUGGUAUAAAUCACAUUUUUUUAAUGACAGGAAGGGAUGUGAUUGCUGGUACUACCAUAAAACAAUCCAGUUGGACUAAGGCCUGCGUGAACAUUGGGCAUUGUUGCCACAUGACUCAAGCCAAGGACAGAAGGGUAGACAGAUUUAAAAAUGUAGCAAAUAAAGUGGCUUUUGACCAUGAUCACUUUUUAAUGUGCUCUGAAUGUUUUCUGGUAUUGAGUGUAUAAAAAGCUAAUGUUAUAGGGUUUAUUUUGACUAUAAAAGAGUUUAUAGAUUUGAAUGUAAGGUACCUUAUGCUUCCUAGUUAUAGUUAUACAAGCCCUAAACUGAAAGAAUCUAUAAAUGGGCUAGCUAAGUAGUCAACAGAUCUCGUUUUUACUCUUCCCUCUCCCUCUGCAAGUCUCUCUCUGUCUUCCCUCACCUUAAUUAUUUUUACAUGAAAAUUAUUUCAAAUGAAAAUCAUUAUUAUGUGCCUUUUGGGAGGCAUGGUUGCUCCAGAGGUAUAUAGUUUAUAGUCAUCCUCCAAGUGUUUUUUUUUUUUUU